AUGACCGCCGCUCCCGCCAAGGUCAGCCUUACUGCUGCCUACCCCUCCGCCACAGAUGACACCAGCAAGCCCUCAACGCUCACCUACUCCGGGCCGGCUGUCGACAUUGGCUCCAGCAAGGCCCCGGCCUACCACACGCUGGUCAGGGAUCUCCUGGCCGUGGGCGCCACCCAGCACACCUAUGUGCUCAACCCCUACGCCGCCGGAGCCCACUUGCGGGCGCACACAGCAGCCGACGUGUUUACCUCUCGAUUCGUCGGCACUGCCGCCAACGGCCACAACCUGUGGCUUCCCCAGGGUCUCGGCACGAUUACGGAGGAGCGCUAUAAGUUUGCCCUCUACGAAGGCGAGUUUGUCAACGGGUUCAGGCAGGGCUUCGGCAAGGCGCCCAUCUUCGUUCCCAACACCUGUUCCUCCGGCGUGGCCUUCGUCGGCACUUACCGGGGUCAGUGGGAUCACGGCCACAGGCACGGAUUCGGCGAGCAGGUCGACCACUUGGCCGGGACGACGUUCUCCGGCGAGUGGCGCUACGACCGCAAGCACGGGCGCGGCGAGGAGGUCUAUGCCGACGGCAGCCGGUACGUGGGCCUGUGGGCCAACGGACAGCGCCACGGACCCGGCCGGCUCCACUUGGCCGAGGGCGGCAGCGCGGCUCGCGACUACGCCCACGGCUCUCCCGUCACACUGCAAAGCGCGGGUGCGGUGGGCGAGGGCAGCGCCCUGGAGUCGUGGCUGGCCGAAGCCAAGGAAAAGUUGGCCCGAGUGAUCGAGGAGGUCGAGUCCUCCAUCCCCGCCACCACCGCCGGCCUCAGCGGCGUGUCAGGCAAGGUGGGGCUGCUCGAUCGGAAGCAGCUGGCCCAGUUCAAGGAGAAGGACAUUCCCUCAUUCGCUCAGCAGCUGUCGCAUCUGGCCGGUGGGCCGGUGGAGCUGGUGGUCGAGACCGGCAGCUUCCUGGCCGGGCCGCAGAGCAAGGUGGCCGUGACCCUGCUCAUCGAGGGUCAGUCGCAGUUCCUGCUGGCGCCGCUGCUCAAGGGCGUGGCGAGCGUGUGUGCGGAAGAUGCGGCGGCGAGGGACACGUUUCGGGCCAGCAUCGGCAAGCUGACAGUCCGGCACGACCCGACCGCGCGGGAGGUCACCCACACGCUCAGCAACAAGGAGUGGACCGUGGCGGGCAACUUCGAAGACCCGAGCGAGGUCAUCAUGCCCAACAAGGUCACCUCCUGGCUGGAAGCCAACAUCUGA